AUGCCGUGCCUGGCACCGCUGUCAGCGUCAUUCCUCUUGGCCUCCUCGCUCGCGACCUACUACACUGAUGCCGUCAUCGCAUGCACACUGCACUUCUCCUCCAUGUCGUCUGCCUUAGAGCCUCCAUGCUGCGAUGAUGCUAGGAAACAGUUUGUCGUGCCGCUGACGAGGUUGCUCGUCCGCGACUUCAUUCGUAGAAAAGGAAGGGAGAUAUGUUCGGAACAUGUGAAGCACCAGACACAUCCCAUCACUGAAGUCAGAAGGCAUCAUAAGCUUGCUUCUGAUGAGGCGAACCAUCUUGAUGCCUAUUCGGAAUGUAGAUCGGUGAUUGGAGAUGGGGAGUGUUUCUACAGGAGUUUCAUAUUUUCGUACCUUGAGCAAGUUAUUGAUAGGCAGGACACACAUGAGGAGCACCGUCUCCUUCAGGCUGUUGAUAUGGUGAAUCUGCACUUUGCAGCUCUUCGAUGGAACGAGUCUGAGUUUCGAUGGAACGAGUCUGAGUUUUCGAGGAGCAGCAGAGCAUUUAAGAAUCUGAUCGAGAAAGUAAUGAGAUGGAAGAGUCAUGGCAGGUGGAAGAGCAUGGAAUCAACUAGCAGCUACCGUAGAGAGGAGCUUCUCGAGUUCUUCAGCGAGUACGAUACGACGCAAGACAGUCUCAUUUUCCUCAGAUUAGUAGUAGCUGUCGAGAUAUGCUGGCACGAAGAGGUGUAUGAACCGCUUAUACCAGGGCUCAGUGGAAAUUACAAUCUUAAAGAUUGGUGCUUUCAGCGCGUCACUCCAGCUCGUCGGUUCACGGAUCAUGUCAUGAUGGUGGCCUUGGCCAGAGCGCUUGAGAUACCCCUCAGAGUGGAGCGAGUCCGAGGAGGAUAUGAUCCAGAUAUCUACACUGUCCCUGGAGUUCCCCGUCCGAGAGUGACCCUGCUGUACUCGGCAAAUCACUACGAAAUCAUCUACCCGCGUGCUCCUCCAGCUGAGAGUUCGAGUCAUCAGGCUUCCCAGAUAGAACAUGCUGCUGAUGAGGGUUCAAGCCAACAGACUUCACAGAGAGAACAUCCUGGUGAUGAGAGUUCAAGUGAAUAGAUUCCGCUGGAUCAAAGUUGAGUUGGGCUGCUGCCUAUGAAGGAGAGUGUUGCUGAGUUUAGUGGUACAGUAGAUGCACCGACGAAGUUGGGGUAGGCAUAGCAUAUACACUUGUGCAUUCUUCUUCUGUUGGCUGGUAUACAGUGAAUCUUGUGUGACCACAUUGAACUUGUUGCUAAUUGUUAGCUGGUAUAUACUAAUAGAUCUCCCAUGCAACAGAUUUUGCUAGGUUAAUAAUGUUGAGUUGGGCUGCUGCGUACCUAUGAAUGAAUGCACUAAUGAAGCAGUUUCUUUCUUCUGUUGGCGCAUACUCUGCUGGUGCCGCUGGAUGGAUGGACAUUCUU